AUGCAUUUUGUCGAGAUGGGUCCUCCCGAAAUCGAGAUCUUGAAGAUUUGUGUUAGGGUUAUUCAGGGUUUAAAAGAAGACGGAGGAUUUCCCAGAAGACUCCACUUCGAAUCGCUUGUUGGCCGAGAUGGGUCCAGCGGAAGCUUCGAGUUUCAGAAUUCUCAUGUCCUUGACCCAAAACAAGACCCGAACGUUCCUCUCAUUUCUCGAGUUUCUCAGUCGCCAAACAAGAUUCAAACUUUCUCAAACCCUAAACCCAGCUUCGAAAAUGGUUGUCGAGCCUCCUCCAGAAGACCCACAUGCCCUUCGUGCUCCAAACCCUCUUGUCUCUGCCUAUGCUCCCGUAUCAAAACCCCUAUUCUCAAUAACUCGGUUCGGGUCACCAUUCUCCAGCACAGCCUCGAGCAAAAGCACCCGCUCAAUUCCACCCGAAUCGCGACUUUAGGGCUCAAAAAUCUCUGCGUCGUCACAGUUUCUGACGUGAAUUUCGAAGCCCAAUUCGCCAUUCAACCCCUCCAAUCGGGUCCUGGGUCUGGCGAGAGGAGUUCCAGUUCAUGUGAAUGUCGGAGCCAUUCGAAAGCCUUGGGUUUUGAUCAGGCUUCUGAUGAAGAAAGAACCCAGAAUCAAGUACUCGAUAAAAUUGAUGCGUCUACUUCGGAAAGUGGAAUCGUUGCCCAAACUUGUUCCAAAUCGGGUGAAGCAAUGUUGGAUGAAAAAGAUGAAGUUGGCCACAACCGCAAGCGAAUUCGAUUGGGGACUGAUCCUCUGACGGCUUUUACCCUUCAGAAACAAGGUGUCAUAAGCUCCCUUCUGCAUCAUGGGAUUCCCGAAACUCGACCCCAGGACAAUAAUUUCGAUCUUUUUCUAGGCUCUCCAUCACGCCUAGACGAAUUGGCAGAAGGGUUUAUGGUCAAGAAGUGGCAUAGCAGGCCAUUGCAGGGAAGCGCCAGAAGCGAGGAGCAUGAAGAGUUCGAGCUCGAAGUCCCUCCUGGAUCAGCCCUUCUCUUCCCGAGCGAACAAGCAGUUAGCAUUGAUGCCAUAAAUGAAGUGAAGAACUUGAUUGUUUUGGACGGAACGUGGGCGAAGGCGAAGAGGAUGUACAAAGAGAACCCGUGGUUGAAGCUCUUACCUCACGUGAAGCUGGAGGGAAAGAACACGAGCUUAUACAGCGAAGUAAGGCAGCAGCCAAGAGCUGGGUGUUUGUCCACCAUAGAAAGCAUUGUCUAUGCUCUCAAGGCUGUGAGCGAUGAGAGUGACACUGACAAGUUGGACAGCCUCUUGGAGGUUUUUGAGUCUAUGGUGGGGGAUCAGAGAAGGUGCAAAAAUGAAAGGUUGAACAAAAUCUCUUCGGUGUGA